AUCGACUCUAUCGACGGCGUUAGUGUCUACUUUUAUCAUUCUCAUUUUGGUCCAUAGUUCUUGUAUUGCAGUAUUCAAUACCUUUUAUCGACAUCGACUUGAUACAUAAGAUUAUAUUCGCUUAGGGGCUGUGGGAAUUGAUAAAUCGGUGACCUCGCGGGUCGGGCGAGCAGAAUGGCGAACGAAAGGCCGGCCAAGUAUCGGCAGGAGAUACAACAGAUGAUGUUUGUGAGCGGCGAAACCGCAGAACCAAGUGCAGAGACUACCUGGAUGAUCGAAGAGAUCGUGCGGGAACAGGUUCUUGAGAUGCUCACUCAAGCCACUAGUCUAGCCAAUCGACGAGGCUCCAAAUCAAUCUCUAUUGUCGAUCUAAUCUUCCAGAUCCGUCAUGACCGAGCCAAGGUGUCACGGCUGAAGACAUUCCUCUCGUGGAAAGAUGUGCGCAAGAACGUCAAGGAUUCUGACGACAAAGGAGGUGCCGAGGCAGGCGAUGUGGGAGAUUUUGAAGAGGCUUCCGGCGGCGUCAACCCAUCUGCACCCCAAAAAUCUACUGGGACCAAGAAAGCCAAACUCAUAUUGCCGUGGGAAGUCCAGUCCUUCUAUGCCGAACAGGUACCCGAACGGGACGACGAGGAAGACGAAGAGGAAGAGGAACAGAACGAAGCCACACUUGCUCGGCUCGCCUCGGCCGACGAGCGCACCAAGAACAUGACCAAAGAUGAAUACGUUUACUGGUCAGAUUGUCGGCAAGCCAGCUUCACGUUCCGCAAAGGCAAGCGAUUUCGAGAGUGGGCGGGAUUUGGGACGAUUAUCGAGAGCAAACCUAACGACGAUGUUGUCGAUAUUCUCGGGUUCCUGACCUUUGAGAUCGUCCAGACCUUGACUGAAGAGGCGUUGAAGGUCAAAGCCGCCGAGGAUUUGGCCAACAAAAAGGCGAAUGGCGGUCGAGGCGAUCAAGACACCAUGAAGAAGAGAAAGCGGGAAGGCUGCAGUCUGUUCGAAAUGCCUGAGGAGGGUCGAACUCCCGUCGAGCCCAAACAUGUCCGUGAAGCUUUUAGGAGGCUGCAAGCAGUGCCGAACCGUUAUAAGUUCAUGAGACAGGGCUUUGCGGGCAUGAGAACCCCACUCAGAAUGAUCUAACCGGAUUCGAGAUCGGACGGGACUUUUGCAGUACUUUCAAAGGCGAGGCGUUGUGGACACUGAAGGCGAGGACUGUGAAUCAGUUUGGAUGCUACGAUGAUACCAGGAUGACUACUACGGUUAUUGUUGAGAUUACGAAUACAAGCUAUUAAGCCAGUGGCAUAAGAAAUGCUAUUAGAGCCUG